GCGCGGAUGCGGUGCCUGUACGAGACGUGGCGCGCGGAGCGAGACGGGGCGUUCGGCGGGGCGAGCGCGCUGGUGGUCGGGACGGGGGCGAACAAGGAGGACGACUUGCGGUACCUGAAGGCGGUGGCGCUGGAGGUGUGGUUGUUUUCGUACGAGCUGCCGGACACGCUGUUGAUGUUCACGGAGCGCGGGAUGCACGUGGUGGCGGGAGGGAAAAAGGCGGCGCUGAUGGAGAACGCGCGGGAGGUGCUGAAGGAGGAGUGCGGGUUGGAUCUCGCGGUGCACGUCAAGCCGAAGGGCGAGGACGGCGCGGCGCAGGCGGCGGCCGUCGUCGAGGCGAUUAAGAGCGAGAAUCUGGUGGUUGGGAUGGUGAUGAAGGAGAAGAACGAGGGUGCGAUGAUGCAAUACGUGACGAAGGCGCUCGGGGAGGCUGGGAUGGAAAUUAAGGAUGUCACGAGCGGCGUGUCGCUCGCCAUGGCGGCCAAGGAUGAAAAGGAGCUCGGUUUCGUGAAUAAGGCGGUGACGCUAACGAGCAAGGCUUUGGGGUUCGCGGUGAAGGAGAUGGAGGCCACGAUCGAGGACGAAAAGAAGUUGACGCACGCCAAGUUGUCGGAGAUGACGGAGGAUGCGAUUAUCGAUCCGUCGAGACUCGGUUUGAAAUUCCCGCCAGAGGACGUGGAUAUUUGCUAUCCUCCGAUUUUCCAAUCUGGUGGCGAGUACGACUUAAAAUACAGCGCAGAGAGCGCGAACACGAAGCUUCACUACGCUUCCCCGCCCGCGGUGGUGCACAUGUCCGUCGGCGCUCGAUACACGCAGUAUUGCGCGAACGUCGGUCGCACGUACAUGGUUGAUCCGACGCCCGCGCAGGAGGCGACGUACGCCGCUAUUCUCGCCGCGCAAGAGGCGGGUAUCGCCGCUCUCGUCGAUGAUGCGACGUGUGCGUCCGUGUACGAAGCUGUCAAGUCCUCUCUGACGAGUGCGGAAGGCGUCGACGGCGCGACGUUAGCUUCAAAGUUGAACAAAAAUGUCGGCACCGCCAUGGGUCUCGAAUUCCGCGACAUGACUUUUGUGUUGAAUGGCAAGUGCGAAACCAAAAUCAAGGCUGGUAUGUUGUUUAAUCUCGCCGUCGGUGUGCAAGGCUUGAAGGAGCCGAGCGCCAAGGAAGGUAGUAAGAAUGAAACGUACGCCGUGAUGAUCGCCGACUCUGUCUUGGUGGGCGCCGCGGGCGAGACGCCGUCAGUGUUGACCACGAACCCAAAGGGCGUCAAGGAGAUCUCUUACAUCAUGAACGACGAUGAUGACGACGACGACGACGAAGAAGCCGAGGUCCAAAUCAAACAAGGGGGCGUCAUCAUGGAUGCGAAGACUCGCGCCGAGCAAUCCGGUCCGAGCUCGGCGGAGGAUCGCGAGCGUCGUCAGCGCGCGUUGGCGGACAAAAAGAAUGCCGAAACGUACAAACGAUUGACGCAAGCGGGCGAAGAAGAGAUUCAAAACGCCACUAUGGGCUCAUCCGCAGAAUUUGUCGCGUACAAGUCCAUGCGUGAAGUCCCGACGCCGAAGAACAAAGAGCUCGUUCUCGCCGUCGACCAAGAGCGCGAAACCGUCCUCGUGCCGAUUUACGGUCAGCUCGUGCCUUUUCACGUCAUGUCGGUCAAGUCUGCCUCAGUGAGCCAAGAUGCCGGUGCUGCGUUUAUUCGUAUCAACUUUCAGCAUCCCACCGGUUCAGGGGCGGUGGCGGUACAAAAGUACGCGGCGGCGGCGCGAUUUCCGAACUCCAUCUUUUUGAAGGAGGUGAGCUUUCGCAGCACGGACGCGCGUCACGCCAACCACGUGGUGCAAGAGAUCCAAGCCUUGCGACGUAACAUCGUGCAACGUGAAACUGAGCGCGCGCAACGCGCCGAUUUGGUUCGCCAAGAGCGUCUCGUUCUCUCCUCUGGCCGCGUGCAUCGCUUGACGGGUUUGUGGAUGCUCCCGACGUUCGGCGGUCGCGGCGGUCGCAAGGCGGGCACGUUGGAGGCGCACACGAAUGGUAUGCGAUAUCUCGGCGCCAAAAUGGACGAGCAGGUGGACAUUAUGUACGAUAACAUCCGAUUCGCGUUCUUCCAACCGGCCAAGCAGGAGAUUAAGACUUUGAUUCAUUUCCACUUGAAGAAUCCAAUCAUGAUCGGCAAAAAGAAGACGCAAGACGUGCAAUUCUACCAAGAAGUCAUGGAGGCUGUGCAAAACUUAGACGGCGGGCGUCGUAACAUGUACGACCCGGAUGAAAUCGAAGACGAACAACGCGAGCGCGAGCGUCAAAAGAAAAUCCAAAAGGAGUUUAGCCACUUUGCCAAGCGCGUGCAAGAAAUUUGGGAAAAGGAUUUCCCGCAGUUGAAUUUGGAGUUUGACUCGCCGUAUCACGAGCUCGCAUUCCAAGGGGUGGCGUACAAGUCCACGGUGCGCAUUCUGCCCACGACGUCGUGCUUGGUCGAACUCACGGAGUUCCCGCCGCUCGUGCUCGCUUCUAGCGAUAUCGAAGUCGUCAACUUGGAGCGCGUCGGUUUCCAUUUGAAGAACUUUGACAUGGCGAUCAUCUUCCGCGAUUUCAACCGCGAAGUCCAUCGCAUCGAUCAAAUCCCGAGCCAAUACUUGGAGAACAUCAAGCAGUGGUUGACGACGCUCGAUAUCAAGUACUACGAAGGUAAAGCCAACUUGAACUGGAAGCCGUUACUUCGACAAAUCAAAGAAGACCCCGACGGCUGGCUUGAAGCCGGCGGUUGGGAAUUCUUAAACAACGAAGCCUCCGACGGCGAAGACGAAGAAGACGAGGAAAUGAGCGAGUUCGAACCGAGCGAAGACGAAGACGAAGACGAGUCCGAAGAAGAGUCCGAAUCCGAAAGCGUGUACGAUUCCGAGGAAGACGACGAAGAGGAAGAAUUGGACGAGGACGACGAGGAAGGUUUGUCUUGGGACGAGCUCGAGGAAAAGGCCGCGAAAGAGGAUGCCGACGCCAGCGAUUCCGACGAACGGCCUCGAAAGAAGAAGCGAUAG